GGGAGGGCGGACGCCCGCUCGUGAUUAGCUGCUCUGCCUGCCUCUCGCAAGAACGGUUGGCACUUCUUCCCCCUCUCUCCUCUCCCGCCAGCCUCGAGGUUCCUGAGCUGGCCCAGGCCGAGUCAGUGUCAGUCAGGCAGGCGGACUGCUGAGCAGUGGGUGCGAACACUGCGUUGCAGUCUCGCCCAGGGGCCGGUGCCUGCGCUCGCGCCGCCGGGUGGGAAGGAUGAAGCUGCAGCUGGAGCAGCCACCCUAUGAUUGGCUGGGGCACUUGUGAACCCGAAGUAAAGAUGGCGGGCGGGCAGGCAGCCGCCGCACUGCCCACUUGGAAGAUGGCGGCGCGCCGCAGCCUCAGCGCUCGCGGCCGGGGGGUCCUGCAGGCGGCGGCUGGACGGCUGUUGCCGCUGCUUCUGCUGAGCUGCUGCUGUGGCGCGGGCGGCUGCGCAGCGUCGGGCGAGAACGAGGAGACUGUGAUCAUCGGGUUGCGGCUGGAGGACACGAACGACGUGUCGUUCAUGGAAGGGGGGGCGCUGCGGGUGAGCGAGCGGACCCGGGUCAAGCUGCGGGUGUACGGGCAGAACAUCAACAACGAGACAUGGUCCCGCAUUGCUUUCACAGAGCAUGAGCGGCGGCGCCACAGCCCGGGCGAGCGCGGGCUGGGGGGCCCUGCGCCGCCGGAGCCGGACAGCGGCCCCCAGCGCUGCGGCAUCCGCACAUCAGAUAUCAUCAUCUUGCCCCAUAUCAUUCUCAAUCGCCGUACAUCAGGCAUCAUUGAGAUCGAGAUCAAACCGCUGCGCAAGAUGGAGAAGAGCAAGUCCUAUUACCUGUGCACGUCGCUCUCCACGCCAGCCCUGGGCGCCGGCGGCCCGGGGUCUGCGGGUGGCGCCGUCGGGGGCAAGGGCGGCUCCGGGGUGGCCGGGCUCCCGCCGCCCCCGUGGGCCGAGACCACCUGGAUUUAUCACGACGGCGAGGACACCAAGAUGAUCGUGGGGGAGGAGAAGAAGUUCCUGCUGCCUUUCUGGCUGCAGGUGAUCUUCAUUUCGCUGCUUCUGUGCCUCUCGGGCAUGUUCAGCGGCCUCAACCUGGGACUCAUGGCCCUGGACCCGAUGGAGCUGCGCAUCGUGCAGAACUGCGGCACGGAGAAGGAGAAGAAUUACGCCAAGCGCAUCGAGCCCGUGCGCAGGCAGGGCAACUACCUGCUGUGCUCGCUGCUGCUGGGCAACGUGCUGGUCAACACCACGCUCACCAUCCUGCUCGACGACAUAGCUGGCUCAGGCCUCGUGGCGGUGGUGGUCUCCACCAUCGGCAUCGUCAUCUUCGGGGAGAUCGUGCCCCAGGCCAUCUGCUCCCGGCACGGCCUGGCUGUGGGGGCCAACACCAUCUUCCUCACCAAGUUUUUCAUGAUGAUGACCUUCCCCGCCUCUUACCCCGUAAGCAAGCUGCUGGACUGCGUCCUGGGCCAGGAGAUAGGCACCGUCUAUAACCGGGAAAAACUGCUGGAGAUGCUCCGGGUCACAGACCCCUACAACGACCUUGUAAAGGAGGAGCUGAACAUCAUCCAAGGGGCGCUGGAGCUCCGCACCAAGACCGUGGAGGACGUGAUGACUCCCCUCCGGGACUGUUUCAUGAUCACCGGCGAAGCCAUUCUGGACUUCAACACCAUGUCGGAGAUCAUGGAGAGCGGCUACACUCGGAUUCCAGUAUUUGAGGGGGAGCGCUCCAACAUCGUGGACCUCCUCUUUGUCAAAGACUUGGCCUUCGUGGAUCCAGAUGACUGUACUCCCCUGAAAACCAUCACUAAAUUUUAUAACCACCCCUUGCACUUUGUUUUCAAUGACACCAAGUUGGACGCUAUGCUGGAAGAAUUUAAGAAAGGUAAAUCUCACCUGGCUAUUGUGCAGCGAGUAAACAAUGAGGGAGAGGGGGAUCCAUUUUAUGAAGUUCUGGGAAUUGUCACAUUAGAGGAUGUGAUUGAAGAAAUCAUCAAAUCUGAGAUUCUAGAUGAAACAGAUUUAUACACUGAUAACAGAACGAAAAAGAAAGUGGCCCAUCGAGAAAGAAAGCAAGAUUUUUCUGCCUUUAAGCAGACAGACAGCGAGAUGAAGGUUAAAAUAUCACCACAGCUUCUCCUGGCCAUGCACCGUUUCCUAGCAACAGAAGUAGAAGCAUUUAGCCCAUCCCAGAUGUCAGAGAAGAUCCUUCUAAGGCUGCUAAAGCACCCCAAUGUCAUCCAGGAACUGAAGUAUGAUGAGAAGAACAAGAAAGCCCCAGAAUACUACCUCUACCAGCGAAACAAACCUGUAGACUACUUCGUUCUCAUUUUGCAGGGGAAAGUGGAAGUAGAAGCUGGGAAAGAAGGUAUGAAGUUUGAAGCCAGUGCUUUUUCAUACUAUGGUGUAAUGGCCCUUACAGCCUCCCCAGUUCCUUUGUCCCUGUCUCGUACCUUUGUUGUCAGCAGAACAGAGUUGUUAGCAGCAGGUUCUCCAGGUGAAAACAAGUCACCUCCUCGCCCAUGCGGCUUGAAUCACUCGGACUCUCUCAGUCGCGGUGACCGGAUCGAUGCGAUAACGCCGACGUUGGGGAGCAGCAACAAUCAGCUCAGCUCUUCGUUCCUCCAAGUCUACAUCCCUGACUACUCGGUGCGGGCCCUCUCCGAUCUCCAGUUUGUUAAGAUCUCAAGACAGCAAUACCAAAAUGCCUUGAUGGCAUCCCGGAUGGACAAAACUCCUCAGUCUUCAGACAGUGAAAACACUAAAAUUGAAUUGACUCUUACGGAGCUGCACGACGGGUUGCCAGACGAGACGGCCAACCUGCUCAACGAACAGAACUGUGUGACGCACAGCAAGGCCAACCACAGCCUGCACAGCGAAGGCGCCAUCUAGAGCACCGGCCUCGGCCUCCGCGUCUGACCGUGAAUCCCAUUAGUGUGCGCUUGUGUGCCAUGCUGCAUCCUGCACCAUCCUGAGACCAAAGACUUUGUCCCCUUCCUGGAAGCAGCAGAGGAGGCCGGAGAGGGCAGGAAUGGAAACUGGAGACGUAAAAUCGACAGCCAGGGCGUGGCAUUCGAGAUUAUGGAGAUGAAUUUCUUCCGCCCAAAUAGAAUCAUGUUUAUUUUUUCAGCUGUACCUUUUAUCAUUAUCCACUCUCCUCCUCCCUUGAUUUGCAUGAAGUUGAAAAUUGUUGCGAUUUAUUUUUUUCCGAGAGAUCAUGUUUUUAAAAAGUGUCUUUUGCAGAGUUUUAAAUUGUUCUGUCUGAACUCUGCUGUGACCCCAUGAUGUAACCUUAGAAGGAUGGACUUGUCCCUCCAGUGGCCUUCCUUGGCCCCCGCCCCAGGGAGGGGCACCCUUCCUCUGUGCCCCAGUGGGUGUCGCUGUCGAACUUCAAGGAUGAAUGACACAGACCUGCCCAGGCUGUUGGCCCUGCAGGGUGGAGCCUGCACAGGGACCCGCAGCCUCUCUGAGCUCAGUGUUGUUUUAAGUUAAUGUUUAACGGUGUCCCUUUCCCUCAGAAAGGUUUAACAUUUGCUUGGAAUGUGAUUUUGCUCCCACUCUAAGGAAUUUUUAUCACCAAAAUGAAUGUUAAUGAAUUUUAAACCUAUGGUUUAUCUUUGCAAGAGGCGAGGUGGCUUCACCCCAACAUUCCCACAGCCUGGGAUCUCCAGCUCAGCCAGGCCUCUUCCGCCCCAACUUACAGAGCGCCGUCACCCACCGCCCCGUCCUUGCUCGUUAACCCAAGAUGCUGCUACACAGAUGCCAAAUGGAAAUCUUCCACAGGGCCCUCGAGUAAACUCGUGGUGUGGAGUCCACGCUCCUGCCCUUCCCGCUGGGAUGUAUGUCAUUGUCAGAAAAGGAGUCGGACCUUCCAGCUGUGCUCUGUGCGCCCUGCCGAGAAGGCACGUCUAGACCCAUGUGUCUAAAGGAGGGAACACUGGGGACUGCCGGCACCUGCCCUCUUCCCCUCUGUCCCUGGGCCUGCGGGGCCCAGCAGUGGCUGUGUCCCCGCCUGAGGACCUCUGUGUCUCCCGCCUCAGACGUGGCCCACGCCAGAGAGGCUGCCCGUACAGCCCGGGUCAGUUUGGCCCCAAACAGGGAUUGAGAAACCAAAUGUGUGUUGUGGCCAUUUCAUGUGUGUCUCUGUCUUAUUUUACUAUCAAAUUCAUCACGUGUAGUGAAAUUAAUGUCAGGAGGUAUUUCUUGAGUGACUGAAUUCCUAACUCUCUUAUCUGUGUUUUAAGUGUUAACCCAAGGGAUAUGUGCAUUUUGUCGGCAACAUUCGUACACUGAAAUGACUUCCUACUGACCACAGUUUUCAUGUAGACCUGUCAGUCCUCGCUGCGUCCAGUCACUAGGCGAGAAGAUAGCAUCUUCUCCACUGGGUCUCACUGCACGAAGGGAAGCCCUGGGGCUAAGCGGCAGUUUCUUCUCCUUCCUCCAGGUAGGACUGUGCACCCCAGGCUGGGCGCUGGCGGGUGGGAGCUGCGGUUGGGAAAGAACCAGCAACACGCUGGGCUUGCCUCCCGGUGAGCAGCUCGGUGGCUCCAGUGUCAUGUGCGCACCUGGCGCAGUGUCUCCCCUGGGAUGUUGGUCCUGGAGCAUCUUCCUCAGAAGGUGCCGUGCCCCUUAGUGAGGGAAGUAUGGUCUCACCUGGUAGAAGUCACCGGGUGCCCCCUCAAGGGGCUGAGUGGCCUGCUGCUGGCACCCAGAUCACAGCACCGUGGGAGGGUGCUCCCACCGCGGAGCUUGACGUUAGUGGGACCCUGUACUGUGAGUAUUUGCUUUUAUAAACAAACCCAUCCAAGUGUAAAGGUCUCACUUUCUUAAGAUGCGUCUAGCUGAGCACAACGUCAGUAUGACAUGACACGGGAACUGGGAUUAUCUGUAGCGGGCGCAGAAAUGAGAGAGAGAGUUCCCUGUAACAGAGUGAAACCUGGGCCUUGCUGGGGGAGGAGGCUUCUGCCCCAACCAGCACGCCACGCUCUGGGCCGGGACAGCAGUGCCGUCCCUGUGGUCUGGCGGAGCCGGGCUGCCAAGCCGUGGUUCCUCUGGCCUCCUGGACCUUCGCCCGUCAGCUUCCCCUGGCCUAUCUGCUUUGAUCUGCCUCUCCACACGCAGUCCAUCUCCGGGCGCCUUGCUACUGGAAGGAGCCUCCGGAAUCACUGUUACUGUGCUGGAUCUUUUUUGGAGCCCCACUGCUGCUCUGUGAAUCCUAAAGCCCUUUUGAGAGGAUUCCAGCUGCUGGCUCCUUGACUUCAGGGAGAAAUGGUUAACGUUUCCAUACUGUCUUACCUGCUCAGUGUGUGGCUUUUUGAAAAGUCCUCUCUAUAAAGGAGCUGGCACAGGGGGGCUUUGCAGUAGGGCUCCUGGAGGACGAAAUUUUAGCCUCUCAAGUUCGUAUUUAUUUUCUAUAAACUACUCUUUACCUUUGAUUUUUCACACUGUUUUAUAACAACAGGGAAUCCCAAAUAAGUCCUGUCUGGUCCCUGAAGGAAUGAAGGCUACCAUUUGGCUACAGUUAGAUCUGCUUUGGGGAAGGCUCAAGACCCUUCAGAUGGUAACACUCAAUGUCUGAGUGGCGACAGAUUCGUCUUUCAGGCCCCCCACUUUCCUUCUAGAAACUAACUUUAGGCUGUUGAAGGAGAAAUGCUGGCUCAUGGCUUCUGUGGGGCAGCAGGAGAAUGAUCUGGGGAAGGUCUGUGCAGUUCAUGUCUACUAAGUAAACAGGAGCAAGGCAGAGAAAGACCAUCAAAUAGUUGAGAUCUUGAUAUGCAGCGGCCAGUCCUUAGCACUACUGGUGGAUUGUCCUCUCCUAGGGCUGCGGGCUUUGUAAGCGUGGAUGGCGAGUGGGCUGUGGAGCAGACACAGGGCCCGGGGUCCUGAAUUCUGUGGGAGUCCCAUUGUCAGGCCAGGGCCUCGCUCUCCUUUUCAGUGGCCCCUGCUGCCAGCCCUGGCUCUGAGGGACCAGACCGGGCCUCCUCCUGCUCCUAAGCAGCCACUCUGGCAUCCCGUAGGUUCCUCCUGGAACUGGAUUCCUAGUAUCCAAGUGUUCCUGGGACAAUCUGCUUUCUCUUCAUAAGUGAGGGAGACUUUCUUCCUACUGCUUUAGAGGUUCCCUCCCUUUAAUUCUCUGUUUCACAUGCAUCAGGCAAGUCUAAAAUCAUAUGUUUAAACUCUUAGGAAAACAGAACCUUAAGAUUUGUGCAUGGAAACUGGGAUGUUAAUCAACUAGCUUAAGCCUUGGUUCUGACAUAAUUUGAAUGUGAAAGGGCACCCCAUGUAACUCUUUUUUCCCCUCCUUCCUCACCUCACUUCUGGAAGAGAGCUCAGUGCCCAUGCUGACAGGGUUGUCUUCCCCAAGUGGGAGGAGUAGGGCAUCUUGCCAUUUUCUAAUAUUUCAAGGAGCUUUUGUGCAUAUGUUGAAUGCAAAACUUCACACUAAUAUGGAACAUUAACUGUGAAUAUAUUUACUUGUGCUAUCCCCAGUACCAUACAACUAAAGGUCCAGCUUUUCCAAGUCUAGGAAAAUAGUGCUAGAUACAAGUAGAAUUGCAUUUCCCUUAGGAAAUGAAGCAACAGGAAUUUGGGCUUAGCAGGGACCAUGAACUUCUGUCCUCAAAUUACCUCAGGUUGAGGAGCAGACCUAAGUAGGCCCUGGCCAGUUGCAUCUGUGUCCUGGCUGGUCAAAAACAAAAACAAAACCCAACCCUGUCAUCUUCUGAAAAACCAGCCAGGGAUCUGACCAUCUUUGCCUUUCCUGGGCCAGGAGACCAGGAUUCCUCCAGUGUUUCCCAGGGCCCGGCCCAGGCAGAGGACUCACCUGGGCUGGCACAGGAAGGUGCUCACCUUGUUCCCUGGGAUUCUAAGCAGGAGGCCACCAGGGAGGGUUGGCUUGUGCAUGUCACAUGACACAAGCUCCUUGCUAGCACGAGAGCAGGAACUGUUCCCCUCUCAGCUUUGAUCCCGGAGACGGUUUUUCUUGCAGAGCGUUGAAGACUGCGAGGCUGAGCUGGCAGUUCAGGGAGUGGAGGCUUCUGAGGCACCAGUGCUCACUCUCUUCCUUGAGGACACAGGCUCUUGUCCUGGGUCAGGUGUGGUUCUAUUCCGGCCUCUGGACUAGUGGUGCUUCUGUCCAGCAAGGGCAUCUUGGUGGGUUGCAGGUUAGCCCAGAAUUAGGAGGGAUUUAGAGAGUUCAAUAUGGAAGUGAUCUGGGGAUUCAGAAACUUUUCCCAUGUAAAUGGAUCAGUGAGCAACCUACUCAGUGGAUUUUUAUACCUCAGGGCCAUUUGCAAAUUUUUAUCUUUCCACGUUUCUUUUGUAUUUGCGUGGGCUGAUAGGAGAGAUGAGUUCAGAGGAUUCUAGGAUGACGUUCAUUUGCCUCGGUUUGCGGAUGUGUGGGGCACGCGCACCAAGCUUGCUCAAGGCUGUGGCAGUGGGCCUUCCUCCUCCAGUACGUGCGGGCACCCCUCCUGCAGGGAGUGCUUACAUGCUGCUUUUCCUUCUGCCCUGCCUGAAGAUGCCAGGGCCCCUGGUCAGCCCUAAGAACAGGAGCAAGAUGGCAGUUCACAGCAGCUGCAGAGCUUGGAGCAGCUUUCCUCCCACUGUCUUGGGCUGGGGAAUGUCUUUGCUUUUCAGACCUUUGUGGUUGGCUUGGCUCAAGUAAGCUUUCUCACUGUAUAGGCUAGAGCCACUGAUGUCAUCUCAGAAGAAUUGUUUUAAGUAUCAGGCUGUACUUGAAGCAACAUGGAAACAAAGGUUCUAAGUGGCAAGAGAGUAAAGUUCUAGGACUUUGUAUGCCGAGGUUUAUAUGUACAUAGAUCCAACACAUACUAUAAGACUUGAGUGAGUACACAUUUUCAAGUUUCAAUACCCACUGGGUAUUAAACAUAAACGAAUUGGAAGAAUGACUGGGAGUAUUGUUUUGCCUCACUUGGCAGGGUAUCUUCCAACAUUUGCCCACAUCUGACCAACAUGGAUUCACUCGAGAAGUGAUUUCUUUUGGGGCCAGCUUCCUCUUCAGACUCACCCUGCAGAGAACUAUCAAAUGGACCUGGUGGGCCUUGAGUGCCUGCCCUUUUUGUUGGAGGCCCAGGCCCCUUGGAUAUAAACAGCUGGUUUCAGGCUCCCAGAGCAGAAGGGAGAGGGAGAAAAUAAGGCCUCAGGACUCUUGUUCCCCAGAGAGCCCCAGCCUCGCUCCUGAUUCAUUACUCCCCGUGUCUAAAGUCUACUGUGAAGGUGGAGUGUGUCAGUCCGUUGACUUUUCUUGUUUCUGGAGUUCUUUUAAGUCCACAAAUGUAUAUGCUUUAUUUUAUAUUAUUAUUUAUUAUGUACAUAUGCCUCUACUGUUAGCACAUCGUCUAUGACUAAGAUGAGAUCUGUUCUGGAGCCCCUCAUCCAUGGAGCCUAGGGUUCUGUUGUCUUUUAAAGUGGGUGAGAAGGAGCGGUUUUGCUUUUGUCUUAAACAGGUUGCUGCUCUUAUGUUGGUCCUUGUGUCCCGGCCCCUUUUAUUGGGCCCACCUCUAUUCCUGAUGGCAAGUGUUUGAGAUGAGGAUGGAGGCAGGUCUUUACUUCAUGGCAGGGCCUCUCAAGUACCUCCGUGAAAUUUUUAGAGGUGGUUUCCUGGUGACUGGGUCUAUUCUCUGGGUAAUGGUACAGCGUGGCUGUGAGGCCAGAGCCUCCUUCCUCACUCCCACACUCCCAAGCCAGGUUGGUGGCCUGGUCCCACAACAGUGAUGGUCUCUAAUUCCCACCUUGGAUUGCAGAAUCCAUCUCUCUGGACCAUGGAAGCUGCCUGCCCACCUGGGCUUCUAAUAUGCCUUUUCUUGGUUUUGAGGCCCAAUGCCAACACUGCCUUGGCGCCUCAAAUUAAGACCCUGCUUUGAGUCUGAUUUCCAUCCUCCUUAGCCUUUACUCACUGUAUCAUAGUGUACAUUUCAUGCUUUGUAGCAGUGAAGUUUUCUGAACACAGUAUCCAGAGCUGUGUAUAUAAACCUAAAUAAGCACAAAUGACAUGUAUAGGUUUCAUGAGCUGAUUGUCAUAAUGAAUGCAUUUUAUAAUUCAAAUGAUGUUGUAGAUUUACAAUCUCUCCUAUUUAUUUUGUAUCAAUUUAUUUGUAAAUUUUGUGAUUGUUUUAAAAGGUUUUUGUUCAUUUCUAUUAUUCUGUUUAGAUAAAUGAUUUCUGUUCAC